AUGGAUAAUGAUUAUUAUGACUUUCUUGAUCAUUCAUUCGACUACAAACCGAAGAAGAGAGGACAGAGGGCAUUGACUGAUCAAGAGAUCAUAGUUAGAGAAAGAAUGAAGCUCGUAAAAAAUAGAGAAUCUGCAAAAAAUAGUAGGAAAAGAAAAAAGAUGUACGUCGACCUCUUGGAAAACAAAGUGGCUGGCUUAAAUCAAUAGUUACAAGAAUAUAAAGAACUCUAGGAACAAAGUUAGGUUCUCCUUAGAAAUACACAAAUCCAGUUAUUAUUUGGAAAAUCAUAAUAAAAAUCCGAUUAAUUAAACCAUUACUUUCAAGAAAUAUAUGAGUAAUCCAUCCCUAAAAUUGCCCUACAUUUUAAACAAGAAAAACACAAUCCAGAACUAGAUCUAUGCUUUUCAAAUUUCUAUAAAUGCUUCGGUGAUAUGAAUAGUAUCAAGGAAGAAAUGACUCAAGAAAUGUAAAAAAUGGAAGUCACUAUGAAAACUGCAAAGGAAAUUCCCGAGUUUAAUAAGUUCCUGGAACAUGUCUCUAAAUUAGAUUUCUAAAAAUAAUUAGAUAGUUUAGAAGAAGAACUUGGAAAUGUCAUUAAAACAGAUGAUCUUUAAUUGUCAAUCAAAGACACCUAUGAUUUGUACAACAAAUCCAUGCAAUUUAUCAAGAAACCUAAAUUAAAUUGA